GUACUUUUUUCGUAGAGAGUAGAGAGCUAGGUGCAGAUGUUGGUGUUUUGGCUGGUCUAGUCUGUUUACUUGGUCUAACUGUAACUAUUCAAUUGUGGUCAUAUUUUGGGGACGCUGCUCUAGUAAAAUGUAUCUAAUGGUAUUCAUAUUCCUCCUCGAGGUAUUCUUUGCUCUUGUCCCGAAAUAUGUUGGUGAAAUAUCUGCAAUGAUUGGCAAGACUCUGUUCAAAAUCACAGAUAAUGAGAUGAGUGUCCGCUCGGAAAUUGCUGACCUGAAGGAAGAGCAGUCAGGGCUGAGCGUGACCGAUGAUUUUGCCAAGUAUGCUCGGCUCCAGAGGCGGAUAGAUAAACUUUUGUCUCAGGUCAAAGAGAAAGGAGGUGAGAGAAAGAGUCGGGUGACCUACUUGCGAAUGGUUGUCACUGUGGCCAUCUACGUUGUUCAUGCAUUGAUCAUGCUGGGGUUGAUGGUGUCACUGAGAAGCCAACCUCUCCUUACCUUUCCUCCGUCCUGGGUGUCUCCCCUCACAAAGCUGGUGGCGUUUCCCACUGGUAUACCAGGUGCACUCGGGCUGGGGUGUUGGCUUCUGGUGUCCAACUCCGUCAUCUACAGGGGGAAAAUGUUGGCCGGGAUUUGACCAGUCACACUGGAACUUGCGUUGUGUUGUAAGAAGUGCUUUGACUCAUCCACCGGUGGAAACUCUGUUGAAGGGCAGUGUGUUGCUCAGUACACAAGUACACAAGGCUCUCCUCUUGGGACCGAUGCAGCCCACGAUGACGAAAAUGAUGAUUCUCUAACCACGGGAGAGAUUGUCAAUUGGGAUAUAAUGUAUAUAUAAUAUGCGAAAACAGUUUUCCUUGUUGUUGACGCCUCAAGAAGCAAUUGUGCACAUCGUUUGGGUUAGGGUAACGACAUGUUCUCUUGGUACUAGUACGGUUAUAGCUAGCAGAAGAGAUAAAGUUGCGGUACAAUUAUUUUGCAAAAAUAUGACAGAUUAUUUGAUUUUGAUAGGUAGGUCCACCAUAUCAUAUGUAUUAUAAAUUUUGUAUAUCAACAAAUCUCUAAUAACACCAACUUCACAGGGCCAGAGAAUUUCUUUGUGUUAAGCAGGUUUUGUGAUAAGGGAAGUGUUGUAAUGCAUAGAUUUAUAAGAAUAAAGAGGGGAACCCCUGUAGGAUCCCUGCACCUAAUCAUCACCAUAAAAUAAAAAUAACUUAUUAGAAUAAAGAUGGGACAUUAUACCCCCACCAUCCAGGUACCCUUAUAUAUCAAUGUAAAAAAUUUCUGACAACUGGGACCUUUCUCCAGGCACACAAACAUUUUUUGAUUAGGUAUUGCCAUCACUGAGUUCUGGUCACCUUAGCUUGCAGACCUAUGCACCUGAUCUCUCCUUGCGCCAACUUGUAGAUUUCCACUACCACACAUGCUGAGGUGUGUCUUUGGUGCACAGAAGGGUAGACGUAGCUUCUGCACGUGGGUCCACAGGGUGAAAGUUGAAUGUUCUUUGAAGCAAGUUGAAAAAUGGCAGUGUCACGCUGCAUUUAAAAUUUUGUUGCGUUAAAUAUAUUGUCUUUUUUUUCCCUUUUAAUUUAACCAGUGUGUGUAUCUUGCUCUGUUUGUUUGUUUGAAAGAAAAAGAGGGAGUACAGUCGGGCGCAGAUUACACGAACACGGAAAACUGAAAGUCGCGGACAGCUCAUGCAAUUUUCCAUUCCCUGACUGACAUCUCUUUAGUUUUUUUUGCUAUCGGUUAACCUGAAUUAUGAAUGUGUGACAUGUCGAACACACUUGUCAUUCCUUGACUUGUUUGAGUUCUCCAUGCCUGACUGUACUUGUAUAUGGGUGCAUGUGAAUGCAAGUGGUGGGAGAGGAAGAAAGAUGUUAUCAUGGAACUGGUUUACUGCUGAUUGUUUUCUGUUAUGAUGGUAUAAAGGUGGUGAUGUUCUUUGGUUGAACUCGCAUGCCUCAUGAAAAGGAUCAUCUAGAAAACUGAUUUGAUUAUUUUUUCCCUUUUUCUUUAAAAUUAGCUGGUGGGUUUUGUUUUGUUUGUUUGUUUGUUUUUUCAAGUAAAAGCCCCAAAGCUAAGUACAUUGGCACCAUUUUAUCCAUUUUGCAAGUCACUCGAUGCCCUAUGGAUCCUAAUGGCCCCAGUAAUGUGUUAAUUCUCAUGACAGUCAGCGCCCAAUAACCAUCCCCCCUCCACCAUUUGCUUCUUUGAUACUUGCUUAAAAGAAGAAAACCAAACACAAGAGCUACACUCUCAGUACACGAGUUCAUUGAGAACACACUGUCAGUCUGGUGGUGCUACUUCCCACAUGUGGGUGGAACAUUCAGAGUAUAGCUUGAUUUUGUUGUAAAAAAAUUAUUUUGACCCAGUGCUUCCUUCGAGAAAGUCAUAUCAUGUGUAUAUAUUAGUGGAAAUACAGUAUAACACGGAUAGGUCGAACACAGAAGACUUGGAAUCAUGCAUCCCUCGAACUGUUCCUGUGGUCCCAUUUGUUGUUUUUUUCUUCUUUUUCUUUGUAAGAUAUCCCUCGAACAACUACGGAUCCCUCAAAUUACUGAGGCUGGUCCCGGAAAAUUGGAGCUAUCUGUGUUAUACUGUAUAGAGUUGAGAGCAAAAUGUUCUUAUAUCCGUGUCAUGUGUGAAUGAAGACAUUGUUUGCCUAUAUGUUUUAUCAUGUUCAUGUUGAAACUGAUUUCUUAAUAAAACAUGUGUAAUAAUAAUACUCAUA